AUGGCACCCCUUGAUUUUGUUGCCCUUAAAGACUUGCACAAUUCAGCAAAUAAACUUCUCCAUUCUCCAUUGGUCCAACAAGCUAUUGUCCAUCAAAGAGAAGAAAAAUGGGUUGAUGAUGUGUCAGAGUCAUCUCUGAGGAUGUUGGAGGUGUGUGGCAUCUCAAAAGAUCUUCUCUUGCUAGUAAAAGAACACCUUCAAGAACUUCAGUUCACCUUGCGUAGAGCAAGCAUUGGUGAUACGGGAAUUGAGGGAAAAAUCACAGCCUGCAAUAGCUACAGGAAGAAGCUGAAGAAAGAAACAUUAAAGUGUCUGAAGUGGUUGAAGGGCAUGAAGAGUCAAACAGCAGUGGCCAUGCACCCUCCAAUGAAUGAACAGAAGCUAGUGUUGGUGAUUGAUCUGCUAAGAGAAGUAAGGAUGACCAGCAUUUCCAUUGUGGAAUCACUCUUGUCCCUUGUUUCCUCACCCUGGUUGGAUUCAAAAUCAGGGAAAAGGUCCUUCACAUCAAGGCUUGUGCGUGUGAGUCUGCAUUUUUCAGAUGAUGAUGACAUGAGCUUUGAUAACAUGGUGCUUCAAAGUGCAAACAAAAGAUUAGCAGGAGUUAGGAUGGCUAUAGAAGAUCUUGAGGUGGAGUUGGAGUGCAUGUUCAGACGUUUGAUCCACACAAGAGUCUUACUUCUUAACAUUCUUACCAGAUAG